AUGGCGGCGCCCGCGCUGCAGCGGCGGUGCGGCCGGGCGGCGGGGCUGUGGGGCGGCCUGCUCCGGACCCCACCGCCGCUGCCGCUGCCGCUCCGGCGGCGAGCCCACGAGCAGCCGCGGCGGGCCCGGGGCGCCGGGGGCCUGCUGGCGGCGCAGUGCGAGCGCGGCCUCUUCCAGGAGGUGUUCCCGGCGCAGAGCGCGGAGGAGCAGCUGCCGGGCCUGCUGGAGCCGGGCCGCCCGCCCCUCACCGCCUACUGCGGCUUCGACCCGACGGCCGACUCGCUGCACGUCGGGCACCUGCUGGCCGUCAUGGCGCUCCUCCACUUCCAGCGCGCGGGCCACAACGUCAUCGCCGUGGUGGGGGGGGCCACGGCGCGCCUGGGGGACCCCAGCGGCCGGGAGCGCGCGCGGGAGCCGCUGUCGGCGGAGCGGGUGCGGGCGCACGCGCGGGGGCUGCGGGCCGGCCUGGGGCGGCUGUUCGAGAACCACCGGGAGCUGUUCUGGGCGGCGGGCGGCGGGCGGCUGGGGCAGGCCGCGCUGCUGGACAACGCCUCCUGGCUGGGCCGGCAGCCGCUGCUCGACUUCCUCGGCGGGGCCGGCGGGCGGCUCCGCAUGGGCACGCUGCUGAGCCGGCAGAGCUGCCAGGCGCGGCUGCGCAGCCCCGAGGGCAUGAGCCUGGCCGAGUUCCUCUACCCGGCGCUGCAGGCCUACGACUUCCUCCACCUCCACCAGCACCACGGCUGCCGCAUCCAGCUGGGGGGCGCCGACCAGAUGGGCAACAUCAUGUCCGGCUACGAUCUGGUCAGCAGGAUGACAGGAACAGAUGUGUUUGGAAUUACUGUACCUCUUAUUACCAGUACUACUGGAGAUAAACUGGGAAAGACUGCUGGCAAUGCAGUUUGGCUAAACAGAGAUAAGACUUCUCCAUUUGAGCUGUAUCAGUUUUUUGUCAGACAACAAGAUAACAUAGUUGAAAAAUACCUGAAACUCUUCACCUUCCUUCCUCUUGAGGAGAUUGACCACAUCAUGGAAAUGCAUGCUAAAGAACCUGAAAAGUGGGGCCCUCAGAAACGACUUGCUGCAGAAGUAACCAAGCUUGUUCAUGGUAGAGAGGGGCUAGAAUCUGCUAAGAGGUGUACUAAGGCCCUUUAUUACAGCAGCUUGGAGGCAUUGGAAGCUAUGUCUGACCAAGAGUUACAGGAACUUUUUAGACAAGCUCCUUCAGCUGAAUUGAUGCUUGAACCUGGAAUGAACGUUCUUGACUUGUGUCGCAAAGCAAAUGCCAUUCCAGAUGGACCCAGUGGGUACCAGAAAAUUACAGAUGGUGGAGUUUCAAUAAACGGGAUUCGAGUAACUGAUCCUGAGACUGUUCUUAUUCUCGGACAGCAUAUUCUCAAGAAUGGAGUAUCAUUGCUUAGGAUUGGAAAGAAAAAUUACUACAUUAUAAAAUGGCUGCAGUUGUGACAACAGAACGUCUCCCUAAAACGACGUAUCAUUUCGACUCUGUUGCUGGAAGAUGUACUUGAAGAUGUUUCUAUACUGUGCAUUACUACGCAGCUCACAGACUGCCCAAUACCAUAGUUUUAUUCUCAAAAUACACCAACAGAGUUCAAGUAAAGGCAGCUAAGUUAUGCCACUGAAGAGAUUUUUAGAUACUCUGCCUUAUUCAAAGCACCAUUCAUAAGACGAUAUGCGCAAGAAGAUGGAAAGAUUAAUUUCAAAGUCCAAAGAUGGAGGUGCUCUUCCCCUCCUUUAACAACCUUCUGUGUUGUAGGAGGAGAACAGUGGCCAGGUACUCUACAGCAUAAUCCACAGCAAGAUGAGCAAAAGCAUACUUGAAACCAAUACUUCUUAGAGAGGAUGCAUGCUGCUGUGCAGUUUGACUUCAUCCUAACAGAGAAACCUGUGUAAGUGGGUAAGGACAACCAACCUACGAUCAACAUUUUUUUUUCAGAACAGGUUUGCUUUGAAGGAAGCUGCAGAAGAUUCACAAUAAAUGAGUAGAAUGAUCAAGCCGUAAUAUGUAAGCUUCUUAUUGGUUAUGUAUGGGGGCAUGUUGCAAAAAAGCUUUCCAGCCUUAGUAUGGUCAUACAGAGCAAAUUCACUUUUUGAAAUGUAAGAGAGUACAGAGCCUUUCAAAGCUUAAAUCGGCCUGAUAAAUUCCUUUUAUGCCUUCUGUGUGCUUAGUGGGACUUACAACGUGGGUGACGCUCAUUCCACUUCCUCAGUCUUUUGAAUUACCUGGAUGCAUCUGUGCUAUCUAGAAUCUUUGUCGAAGGUACAUCCUGGCACUAGUUCUGUGGGCUCUACAGUCAGUUGCAAGAUAGUAUAUUAUAUCAGAAGAUUUGAAGCAUGUACAUGAACGCUUUUUUAAUUUUAGAUGCCUAGGAGUUGUGGGUGAACAGCACCACAAGGGUAUCUGGACCAGGAAACGUGAGGGAAGCUAUAGUGCUUUUUGCAAUUAAAAAAGUCAGAUCCUUCAGAUAGAUGGGGCAACAUGCAAAAGCUGCACUCCUUCAUGAAAGAGCAGAAAAUGAUCCUACUGCUUAUGGCCUAGCCAACAUUUGGGAUCAUUAACUUCCUCAUUUUCUUGUAAAGACAGCAUGAAAGUGAGAAGGUACUUCAAGAGUUGGUAGAAUAGCAACAUCUGUGUUUAAAGGUAGUAUUGCUUUAUUGCUCCGAAACACCACCACCCCUUUUUAUUACUAGCCACUAGAGCUGCUUACACACCUGGAAUCAAAUAAGAAUGGAGUACACCACCUUGCUAAAGUCUCUUCCCAUGGUAGGGUUUGGGCUUGGGUUGCUUAGGCAAUACAGGUGCCACAGUACUUAUAGCCAGGUCACCUGAACAACAGCAAAACCCACAUGUGGUUACCAAGAUUAUUUGUAGUACAAGCCUGUAUUUGAAUUACUUGGAACUGGUUAAUUGACUUAGAAUACAGUAAUGUAGCUGGCUGGCUCAGAACUUUCUUAUUAAGGGACUCUCCCUGCCCCAGUACAAACACAUAUGAAACUCUCAGUCUGAUUUAUCAGUUGAUUGAUUGCUUUGGGCCUUGACUUCGGGGUUGUUUUCAAGGUUUAGGGUGACCCUCAUGCUUAGGCCAAGGAGAAUCAUUUCCUAGUCCAUGAAACUAGACAAUACAGUUUUGCAGUCGCACCAGCCACAAGGGGAGAGGCCUUAAUCUCAGCUACCUGAAUGUGGUAACUCAUCACCACCUCUUAACGUUGUUACAAGAAGUCAUGGUAUUUCAGCUGGUUUAAAACCACCAAGCCUAUGAGAAGAAUGGAGAAGUUACAGGAAAUGUUAGUAAGCCUCAGGAAUCCAGAUAGUCUGUAGUUGGGUGUGGAGUUUCUGUUGGUUUUUUUAGGUGGGUUGUUUUGGUUUUGGUUUUGGUUUUUUUUUACUUGAUGUUGUUCAACUUGAUGUGAUCAACUUGGUGGCACUUGAUGGUGGCUUUAUUUGCAUGGUCAAUCGAGGUUUCAAUAGUAAUAAAUUUUAGUGGCUUGCUGCUUAUACA